CCAACAGUAGAGGUGUAAAGACGUUUCACGUUCCAACCUAGUGUAUAGUGAACUAUAAAGUGAACCAUGGUGUUCGGUUAAACAGUUAAACAUAAAGAUGGCAGAGAAAGAGAAGCCCCGUGAUCCAGGGUCUGCAGGGACCGGUGGUGCUAGCGAAGAGACAAAAGCAUUAUUUCUUGAAAAGGUUCGGCAAUCGAAUGCCGCGUGUGAGAAAGGAGAUUUUAGCCUGGCGGUCAAUUUGUACACUGAAGCAAUAGCACUGGAUACACUCAACCAUAUUCUUUAUUCGAACAGAUCUGCUGCUUAUAUAAAGAUGGGCGAGUUUAAGAAAGCGCUCAGAGAUGCACUUAAAGCCAAGGAAUUGAAUCCACAAUGGCCCAAGGCGUACUAUAGAGAAGGAGUUGCUUUGCAAUGUACUGGAAAACAUGCGGAAGCACUGGCUGCUUUUUCUUCAGGACUAUCCCAGGACCCCAAGUCCCUGCAGCUGCUGGCCGGCCUGGUGGAGGCUGCUAUGAAGUCCCCCUACCGGGGAAACCUGGAACCAACCUACAGACAGCUUGAGACCAUGCAUCUAGAUAAAUCUCCUUUUAUCAUUAUAUCCGUAAUAGGACAAGAGCUCCUAGCCCAGGGGAAAUAUAAUUCAGCUGUUCAGGUUCUAGAGGCAGCCUUAAGAAUAGGAACAUGUUCUCUGAAACUUCGAGGUUCAGUUUUCUCCGCCCUGUCCUCUGCACACUGGGCUCUAAACAGUCUUGACAAGGCUAUUGGAUAUAUGCAGGAGGAUCUUGUUGUAGCCAGGAAACUGUCAGAUACUGUUGGAGAAUGCCGGGCUCAUGGUAACCUAGGCUCUGCUUACUUCAGUAAAGGAAAUUAUAAGGAUGCACUAACUUCAAACAGAUAUCAGCUGGUUUUGGCAAUGAAAAUUAAGGAUAAUAGCGCGGCGGCUUCUGCGCUCACUAGUCUAGGACAUAUAUACUCAGCUCAAAAUGAUUAUAAUAACGCUCUAUCAAGCCACCAGCAAUGUGUGGCUCUUAUGAAAACCCUUGGCAAUGAGCUUCAUCAAGCUAGGGAGAUCGGAAACGUUGGUGCCGUCUACCUGGCCAUGGGCGACUUCGACAACGCGGUCAAGUGCCAUACCGAGCAUCUCCAGAUUGCCAAGAAGCUUGAGAACAAGGUCGAGGAAGCAAGAGCUUACUCAAACCUUGGAUCUAGUCAUCACUAUAAGAGAAACUUUGAGCAAGCGAUAGUAUUCCACAACCAUGUGCUGCGCCUGGCUCAUGAGCUAAAGGACCAUACGAUCGAGGCCAGAGCUUACGCAGGACUGGGCCAUGCUGCUCGCUGCAUGGGAGAUCAUGAAGCAGCGCAAACCUGGCACGAACAGCAGCUGGAUAUGGCACUGAAGACAAGAGAUAAGGUUGCUGAGGGCAGAGCCUGUUCUAAUCUAGGAAUAGUUUACCAGCUUCAAGGAAACCAUGACAGUGCCUUAAAGCUCCAUCAAGCGCAUCUCAAUAUAUGUCGCCAGCUUAACGACAGAGCAGGGAUGGGGCGGGCCUUUGGAAACAUUGGUAACGCCUAUAGUGCCAUGGGUUACUAUGACCAGGCUAUAAAAUACCAUAAACAGGAACUAACCAUAUCCAAAGAAGUAAAUGAUAGAAUUAGUGAAGCCAGCACUCAUGGUAAUCUAGCUGUAGCCUACCAAGCUCUGAACAUGAACGACAAGGCCAUGUUUCACUACCACAGUCACCUUAACACCGCCAGGGAGCUGAAGGACAGCGUGGGGGAGGCAUGUGCGCUCUGUAAUAUCGGAAACUGCCAUUCCUCCCUCGGUCAGUUCGGGCAGGCAGUCCCUUUCUAUGAGAACUAUUUGAUGUUAAGCCAGGAAUUGAAUGAUAUCGAAGGAGAAGCCAAGGCUUGUCAUUUCCUAGGAUAUGCUCACUACUGCCUAGGAAACUAUAAAGAGGCAAUCAGGUAUUACGACCAAGAUCUGGCGCUGGCGCGCGAUUUAGAGGAUCGCGUCAGUAUGGGACGUGCAUAUUGCAAUCUUGGGCUCGCGCACCUUGCAAUCGGGAACUUGGAAAACGCGCUGGAGUGUCAGAAAUAUUUUCUAGCAAUCGCCCAGGUCUCCAAGCACAACCAGGCCAAGUUCCGAGCACUCACUAAUAUGGGAGAUGUUUUAGUUAAGAUGAACAAUAUUGAGGAAGCAAUUAAGGUAUAUCAGAAACAGCUUGCACUUUCUAAACAAAUAAAUGAUAAGGGAUUUGAAGCAACUGCUUACAGUUCUCUGGGAGUUUGUCACAGAAUUAACAAGAAAUUCGAUAAAUCUUUGGGAUUUCAUACACAGGAGCUGUCUAUCCUGCAAGAUAUUGGAGAUUUGAACGGUGAGUGUCGAGCUCAUGGUAAUCUAGGCGCUGUACAUAUGUCCCUCGGGAACAAUACUCUAGCUCUCAGAUGCUUUCAAGAACAACUAGAUAGAGCUAAGGAAUUAAGUGAUAUUACAGCUGAGGCCAAGGCUUAUGGAAAUAUGGGAAUCACAAGAAUGAACCUGAAUCUGUUAGAAGAAGCUAUCUCGAAUUUCGACAGUGAGCUCGAGUGUUUGCAGAACAAGAACUCGGAGGACUCGACUCGAGAACGCGCACGCGCGCUUGGGAAUUUGGGAGACUGCUACGACUCUCUGGGGGACUAUUGUGAGAGCGUAAAGUUUCAUGAACAGUUUCUAUCUCUCUCCCUGCGUACAGGGGUUACUAAGGAUCAGAAUAAAGCGUACAAAGGUCUGGGAUUAGCAUAUAAGAAUCUUGGGAAUCUACAAGAAGCGCUGGUUUGUUUUGAGAAGAGACUUGUCCUGCUGCAUGAGGUUGGAGAAGGUGGAGCAGGAUAUGGUGAACUAGGAGAUAUUCAUCGUCUACUUGGAAACUAUGAUCAAGCAGUCAACUGUAUUCAGCACAGGCUUAAUAUUGCAAGGAAAACUGGAGAUAAAGGUGGGGAAGCUGAAGCACUGAGUGGGUUAGGAGAAGUAUAUAAUAGUAAAGGGGAGUACACAACCUCUCUUACAUACCACCAGGAGCACCUCGUCAUAGCACAGAACCUAGGGGACAGGGGGGCUCAGAUCAAGGCGUGUCUCAAUAUCGGAGGAACCUAUGAAUCUAUUAAGAGUUUUGACCAUGCUAAGUCCUAUUACGAGCAGUGUCUGAGCGCCGCUACCCUGGUUAAUGACAGGGUGGCGAAGAUCAAAGCCUUGGGUAAUCUAGGUCGGACAGAAUAUGUGUCGGGAAAUAUUGGUCAGUCUGUCAACUACCUCCAGCAAGGGUUGGCUAUUGCUGAGCAACUUCUACGGAAGGAGGAUGAAGCCAGGAUCAGGCAUAGGCUUGGAUUAGCCCUCUGGCAGAACUACGACCUCGAAGGAGCUAGGGAGCAAUUGGAUAUUGCAAGUAGACUCUUUGAAGGGAUUCGUAGGGAUGCGAAAGGUUCAGCAGAGUUUAAAUUAUCCCUGUAUGAUCUACAAACUGCUUGCUAUCAAUCCUUGCAGCGGAUCCUGGUUCUAAUGAAUCGGGAGAAUGAGGCCCUGCUUGUAGCUGAGAAAAGUAGGAACAGAGCUUUCAUUGACCUGCUUCAUGAGCGACAAAACAAGAAGAACAAAAACACUCCGUCCAUCGACAUAUCUCCUAAAUCUGUAGAAGAUAUUGAGAAAUUAGUUAACCGUCAGAAAGCAACUGUUCUGUAUUUUAGUUUAGCUGCCGGUUAUCUCUACUGUUGGCUGAUAAUGCCAACUAAAGGAAUUGUUAGGUUUCACCAAACCUGCCUGGUUGAGGAAGAUGAGGAGGAGUUAGAAAAACCAGAAUGUGAACGAAGUGGUUACCUCUUGGAGAACCAUAUACAGAGUGUUCGGGAAUCUCUAGGAAUAGAUACAGGUUCAGGAGAACUGGGUAAGGAAGAUGAAGAUAAUAGUUCUGGUGUGUGGUCGAACCACCUGGAAGAGUUGGGUGACAAGCUAAAUCAGGAUAGUGAUAGGACUGGCUUCCUUAGAAUGGUUAACAGAUCUUCACGCAUGAAUGCUUCGUCCUAUUCACUCAGUUCACUCUUCUCAGUAGGCAGUGUGGGAGGAGGAAGCACUCUUAGUGGUUUAACUCCGGGUUCUAGGGCGGGUAGUACCCGUUCCAGGAGGUCAGGGUGGCAGGGGCAUUCUUCCCUCCGGAACCUCUAUCAAUUACUCAUCGAACCAAUGGAAGAUGAUUUGCCGGAGGGUUACCCUAGUGAACUUUUACUCGUGCUAGAAGGUGAUCUUUAUCUGAUCCCAUUCCCAGUGUUGAAAGGACCUAAUUGCACAGACUAUUUAUGUGAGAGGUUUAGCCUCUUAGUCAUUCCAAGCUUGACAAAUCUCAAGGCAAAGGUACCCAAACCCCGGCAUUCAAGUGAGAAUCUGAAACGUCUUGUUGUAGGAAAUCCUAAAAUUCCAAGUUCUGUCACAGAUCAUUGGGGCUGGAAUGACAUCCCUCAUGCUGAGCAAGAAGCAAACAUUGUUUCUGAGAUUCUACAAACUAAGCCAAUGCUUGGGAACCAGGCCACCAAAGAUAACCUUUUAACUGAAUUAGGCGAAGCUGAAUCAAUUCAUUUAGCUUGUCAUGUUUCCUGGAAACUCUCUGCAAUAAUAGUAUCUCCUGGAGAAUUUAUGGAGUCCAGAUCUCCCACCACUGGCUCCUGUAAUAAUCCAAGGAGCUAUUCUAUUCACAAUGAUACUAUUCAUGAAGAGGAAGAUGUGAAGUCUGAAGCUACUACAAUAGAGCUCCCAGCUCUAUCUGAGUUUCUACUCACUGCCGCUGACAUUCUUAAACUAAAGUUGACUGCCAAGCUGGUGGUUAUCUCUAGCUGUUAUACCCGGGAUAAACAUGGCUGCGCUAGUUCAGAUGGAGUUAUUGGUCUAACUCGAGCUCUUCUAGCUGCUGGAGCGCAAUGUGUUCUUGUGUCUCUAUGGCCUGUCCCAGACACUGCUGUUAAAUUAAUCAUGAAAGCAUUCUAUUCCUCUCUCCUCCAGGGUUCAAGGGUGAGCCGGGCCCUGGCUGAAGCAAUGACAGCUGUACAAACAACUAAAUAUUUCCAGCAUCCCGCCAACUGGGCAGGUUUCCUUCUUAUUGGGCAGGAUGUCAAGUUGUCUAAUAAAGUGGCUCUAAUGGGACAGGCCCUGAGAGAGAUGAUAUCUACUCCUGACAAAUGUAGGGACGCACUCAGAGUAACUUUACACUUGGUUGAGAAGUCCCUACAGCGGAUAAACCGUGGUUACAAGAACGCUAUGUACACCUCUCAGAAGAGUAUUGAGAAUAAGGUUGGGAGUGUGGAGGGCUGGAUGGAUCUACUCAUGUCCGUAGGGUUUAGGUUUGAACCUGCCGCUAACGGAAUCCCCUCUGCCGUAUUCUUUCCACAGAGUGAUCCUGGGGAAAGAUUAGCACAGUGCAGUGCAAGCCUGCAGGCAAUCCUUGCCUUGUCUCAAACAUCUUGGGCGGCACUUUCUAAUUUACUUGUGAGCCCUGACUCAGCAGAUGAAAUCAUGGCUCUAUUCCGGCAAGUCAUCGGUGAAUUUGGACCGCGGGAUCUGGAAGCUGAAAGUGUUCAGAUACCUGUCAACGUUAAGCUCUGGAGAAUACCCGGCUGUCAUGAAUUACUGGCAAGUUUAGGUUUUGAUUUGAUGGAGGUGGGAAGGGAUGAGAUAACCCUAAGAACAUGUAGGAAUGCAAACAAGCGUCAGAUACAGUUUGCCUUGCAGACACUGGUUGCAUUGUUUGAUACAGAUGAGGCGCCCAGAUCAGUUAAUGUGGACUCCAAUGAUUCUAUGGAUGAUUGCAAUGAUGAUGAGGACACUUCUAGAGCUUCUGAUUCUCCUGUUCCACCUCCUGUUCCACCAUUCCCUCUACCCAGAAAGAGUGAUCUUGUUCUGGACGGUACUGGCGGAGCUUUCUCCAGCUAUGCCAGGAAUAGAGGAGAACCUGAUGGAAGACAAGCUCAGGGAGAUUCUCCCACAGGAAGCACUAGUUCAGGGUACCAAGGAAUAUCCAACCCUGUCCUUCCAUCUAUUCUGCAUAGCAAUAUUUACCACCAAAAAGGGAGAGAAAGUGAUUGCAAUUUUACUCCAAGUCCUGUGGAAAAUCUGCGAGGAAUUUCAAGGUAUCCUGGGAACUAUUCCCUGAAUUCAAGCCAUGAAAACUCCUCUCAUCUUUCCUCCACCUACUCCCCUAGUAAACUAUCCCUGCAAGGAUCCAAGUUCAAGCAUGGUCCAUCUCCUCUGAGUAGACCUGAGAGCUGCAGUAGUACAAGUUCUAUUAAUGACUGGGAAGCUAUUCACUCAACUGUGCUCAGACGACAAUCUAAUUUAUCCAAGCUUAGUCCUGGAGUCACGGAUUCAGCUAAUAUGGCUGGAAUAGGGCUUGUAUCCAGGAAAUAUCUAAUCUCUAAUCAAGCAGGUGCAUAUGAGAACUUUGAACAAGCCAAGCUUGAGAAGAAUGUUGCUCCUGUAAGAAGUGUAUUUACGGAAUCUGGAUACAACAUGUUGGGUAAGGCUAAGCUCAUUGAAACUUCCAAUGUGAAUGAUAAAUUGAGUAUUAGAGCUGAGAUUAACCGGGUUCAUCCAUCAUUGAGAAAGGACACUGCAAGAUUGGAACCAGGUGUAACAACGCGAGUACCACCUACUGGAGAAUCAAACAGUCCUCAGGGAAGUAUUAACAAGAAAUCUUCUACUGGAGAAAUAUCCCAGUUCCAAUCCAACUCCACCCCUGCAGAGGGUGUCAUGGUUAGGAAAGAAACAUUGGGAGAGCCAGGGAUCAAGGAACAGAUAAUGUCAACCCAGAUGAGGCGGAUAAACCGCGAGCUGCCAAUCUCUGAGGUGUACCAUGAGCGAAAUAUAGGGUUAGGAUUGGCUCCACCCCUCUCUAAACUGAUCAUGUCCAACAAUAUCGCUGUGGCCCAGAUUGAUCACCAUCCUGAGCCAGAACUAUGCACCACCAAAAACCCUUCUGACAACAUUAAUAGUUUUGACAAUCUGUCCGUAAUUGAAGAAGCCCACCCGCUGCGAAAAGCUCGGCCUAGUGUGCCCCCAAAACCCGACCACUGGAACCAGACAGGAUAUAUCAAACCCGACCCAACAAUUAUGUCAAUUCCUCCAACCCGUGUACGUGAUGAGGGGGAUGGGCGAUCAAUGACAGACUCCCAGUACUCUGGGUACUCACCUAACUCUACCACAGCUAGCAAGGAUCUUACUUCCAAGUUUAAUUAUCUCAGGGUGCGGGAUCCAGUAGGAGGAUUUCGUCAGAUACCUGGGAGCCAGGUCACCACUGUUAUUAAUCCAAAUAUCCGUCCUAGUGAUGUAGCUCAGUAUAUCAACAGUGAGUUCCACUCCAACAAGGAGGAGAAGAUGAGAGAGAGUGCUAGUAAGCAUCCACAUCUAUGGAGUAAGGAUAAGAACGGCAGGUUUACAUAUACUGGAAACUUGUCCUCUGAUUGUUGAACAACCUCUUCAUGCUAUAUUUAGGGCUCGCUUGAACUCUGACAGUUCUUGUUUAAAACUGGUAAAAAACAUAAAUGUGAUAUUAUGACUUUCAGUACCUAACUAAUAAAUAUAUAUGGAUAUUA